AUGGAAAUGCACGGGCUUAUAAAGAACCCAGAGGAAAGAAGUUUGCGGGAAAAUGCGUUCUCCAUUGGGGACAGAGUCGUUGUAGAUAGGGUUUACACGGGCGUAGUGAAGUACAUAGGCCGCGUGGGAACGAAAAAAAGCGAGUCUCUGGGGGUAGAGCUGGACAGCUCUGUUGGCGAGCACAACGGAACGCGUGCAGGGAGGUUCUACUUCCAGUGCAAGGCCAGACACGGAGUCUUCAGAGACCCGAAAGACGUGCGAAAGUAUCGGCCCCUGGAGUACAACCAAACAGGCCUGAUAAAUACGACGGAAAUUGAGGAAGUCUCGAACGGGAGGGCAGUCUCGGAGCUGCUGCACGAGAAUGUGGAGAUCCAGAGGCGACUUGAGGAGCUCACGAAGGAGAACAGCCGAUUGCGGGAGGAGCUUCAGAAGGAGCGAGAAAGGAUCAAGGCCUUGGAGAGUGCGGGGGCACAGGAGAAGGAGAAUGCGGCGGAGUGCAAAGGGUACAACGACGGAGCAUUUGGGAUACUUUCUGAAAUAAUCCGGAAGAUAAAGGAGAAAAUAGAGACGGAGAAUGCAAUAUUCAACGAGAGCAAAAUGUAA